AUGCCCUGGAGCCGGCGGGACCGGCUGCUCAUCCUGCUGCUGCUCGGGGCGCUGCUCAGCGCCGAUCUCUACUUCCACCUCUGGCCCGAAGUGCGGCGGCAGCUGGCGGGGGCCGAGCCGGGCUGCUCCUGCCGCCGGACGCCGAGCCCCGCGCUGCCCCCUGCGCCGGCGGCCGCCUCCCCGAGCGCCCGGGCGCGCAGCGCUGGCGGCUCCAAGCUGCGCCGGCUCUUCGCCCACCCGCUCUACAGCGCCCCGGAGCCGCCGCCGCCUUGGGGGCCCGAGGAGACGCUGCUCAGCCGGCAGGAGGCGGUGCGCUACUACCGCAGGAAGAUGGUCCGCUGGAACAGGAGACAUAAGCUUUACAGAAAGGAGCUCAACCUAACUUCUCCGGACUCACUGCUGCAGCUUGGGCGGGAAGCAAGCUGGCUCCAGUUCCACCUGGGCAUCAGUCGCUAUGGGCUGUAUUCCAGAUCCAGCCCUGCCAUUGACAAACUCCUCCAUGACAUGCAAGAUUUUAACACUGUCAGUGCCGAUUACAGUCAGGACGAGAAAGCUUUAUUAGGAGCUUGUGACUGCACCCAGAUUGUGAAACCCAGCGGUGUACAUCUGAAACUGGUUCUGAGGUUCCAGGACUUCGGGAAAGCCAUGUUCAAACCCAUGAGACAGGAACGAGAGGAAGAGACUCCAGAAGAUUGUUUCUACUUCGUUGACUUUCAGAGGCACAAUGCGGAAAUAGCCGCCUUUCACCUCGACAGGAUCCUGGAUUUCCGACGGGUCCCGCCCACGAUCGGAAGGUUGAUCAACGUCACCAAGGACAUCCUGGAGGUCACCAAGAAUGAAAUCCUACAGAGCGUCUUCUUCGUUUCACCCGCCAGCAACGUGUGUUUCUUUGCGAAGUGCCCAUACAUGUGCAAGACGGAGUACGCCGUGUGUGGGAACCCUCAUCUGCUGGAGGGAUCCCUCUCCGCUUUCCUGCCAUCCCUCAAUCUGGCCCCAAGACUCUCCAUCCCGAACCCCUGGAUCCGGUCCUACUCGUUUGCUGGAAAAGAGGAGUGGGAAGUGAAUCCACUUUACUGCAACACCGUGAGGGAGAUUUACCCCUACAACAGCGGCAACCGGCUGCUAAAUAUCAUCGACAUGGCCAUAUUUGACUUCCUGAUAGGGAACAUGGACCGUCAUCACUAUGAAAUGUUCACUAAGUUCGGGGAUGAAGGCUUCCUCAUUCAUCUGGACAAUGCCAGAGGGUUUGGAAGACAUUCCCAUGACGAAACCUCCAUCCUGGCUCCACUCUCCCAGUGCUGCAUAAUAAAGAGGACAACAUUAUUACACCUGCAGCUCCUGGCCCUGCCUGAGUACCGGCUCAGUGAUGUCAUGAGGGAAUCCCUCCUGCUGGAUCACCUUGCACCUGUCCUCACUGAACCCCACCUCUUGGCUUUGGACAGACGGUUGUGGCUCAUCCUGAAGAUCGUGGGGAAAUGCAUAGAUGUACAUGGAGAAGACCAGGUUGUGGCCAAUGACACCAAGCAGCUGGAAGUGCCCUUUUUUGACAGAGUGACACCAACCAGCUAGAGCUUUAAGUUCUUUUGGGGACAGGGAAGAGCCCCUGAGAGCCAACAGGUGAACUUUAAUUGCUGAUAAUUUUCACCUAUACAAGCCUGUUGGAUUGAGAGAGGAAGCUCUUUGGAAGGGCUCAGAUCCUUACUGGGCUUUUAUGGUGAUUGCCCCACUAAAGCUUCAGUGCAUGGGGUAAACUUGUGCCAAAUACAUUUGCAGGCCAGGGCCUGAUCACUACACUCAUUCCAUGAGCUGCUGUCCUUCAGUGGAGCAGUACAGACACAUCUGCUCUGUAACUGCAGGGCCUGCCACUGGUAAGAGCCUGGGCAUUGGCUUCCACAACUGGCACAGGAGCUGUGUCCUGUCCUUAAGCUGCCCCAAAGCUGGAUCCAAGAAUGAUGCUUGAAUAAAGCAGUGCUGAAAGGUCAAAGUAGCCAUCACUGCAAGCUAGGGCACAAUCUGUCACUUUAAAGUCAAGGCGGCACAUGGGGCCAGCUCGGCACCACCUGUCUACUACUCAUGCAAUCAGAAACACCUCCAUUGGCCUUGGGUAAAAUGACAAGAAGCUCCAGGUGAGUUGUAUGGCACAAGGCCCAUCUCACAGAGCCAAAUAUCUGAGUUUUUCAGCUGGUGUUAUGGGGGUGGGGAGGAAGGGAAAUCAUGGCAUGGGUUGUAAGGGACAGGCAAUUUAGCAUUCAUAUUAUUUAGGCCUCAGCAGUGCAGUUCUGCAAAAGAUAAAGAGCUUGACAAAGAUGCAGCACUGUUAAAUCCACUCAGCCAAGAGCAGGGCUGCUAAGCAAGGGGCUCUCUCAGGUUAACGUAGGCACAGAAUAAAAGUGUUAAACAUUUAUUUAAGCAGUUGUAAAGCAGUCCAUUAGAACACAGUGGAAGCAAGCAACAGAUUGAAAUCUUCAGAGGUGGCUAGAGAGAAUCAAAAAGUAUCAUAGGAACUGGAGACCAACACAAAACAUGCCAGCUCCUCAAAAGGCCUUCGAUAAGCUGUCCUUCCCCCCUUGCCUCCCUACGAUGAGGCUUAAAAAGAGUUUACUAAUUGAACCUUUACCAACCAGUUCCAUUUUUUAAGUGUUCAGAAUGAUGGAGCUGAGCUUUUUUAGUAGCCCAAUGAAAGCAGCUGAGAACUUGACAGUUAUUUUCCAAUGAUUUGUGUCAAAUUAUCAACACCACUGUAUUUUGUGGUGUGCUUGAUAGAACGUUUGACACCUGUCAGCUGAGAAUUUGACUCGGAUCGCAUUUGAUGCAUUAAGCCUUUACAAACAAGACACACGGAUUUCAACUUGAGUUCUUACCCAGCUUUCAGCAAGCUGCCUCAGCAUUAGAGUUUUGGUGCUAGCUGAAGUUUGCCAUUUUAAGCCAGUGAGUUUUCAGUAGUGAUAAUGGGUGCAAAAUGAAGAUUAACCUCAACUCGAGCUUAAUCAAGUCUGUCCCCAUCCCACCUACCCUCCCCAAGGCACUAUACUUUAAAUUUACUCAACUCCAGAAUUAUUUUUAAAUUGGCUAUGUUAACAUACUGUAACAGGUCCACAGCAGACUGCAAUUAUCCUUUGGAGUAAUCAGAGUAAUGUUUUGGCAAAGCUAACAUCCUCUCAGUGAUUCUGUGGCAAUUAGUUAGUGGUAAAUCUUUGCUUCCUUACUCUGGGUUAGCAAGACAGAUCCCCGGUUGUUCUUCUGUUUGAGGAAGUUUGAUUUGUUUUGUCUUUUAUUAAAGAUUCCUCCAAAUAUUUUAACGUAAUAAAGAUAAGAAACCAAAGAA